GCAGCAGAACGGAGUUACUAGAGCACUACGUUACUCACCAGCUGAGCGCGUGAUUGAGCAUCGGGCGGAAAGAAGUGCAAGAAGAAAAGUGCGCGUAGGGUAGAGCCGACAUAGGGGCGAAGUGGGAGGCCCGCCAGCAAACAAUUAGCCGGUCCCCCUCACCCCUCUCGAGGGGAAAGGAGUAACAAGUAAGAAGAAACGAGAAAAGGCAACAGAAGCAGCAGCGAUGCCGAAGAUAUUCCUCAUCAAGAAUCGCCUGCACCAGCAGCAGCUGCGGCUGGUGGAGGAGGCGCAGAAGAACAGCCACGUCGGGCCGGGAGGCGGAAGCGUCGGCGUCGGCGUGGUGGACAGCGUCGGCAGCGGCAGCGACGAUGGCAACGAGCCGCUUUCCCUCGUCUCGCGCAAGCGUGAGCACGAGGACAGCGUCGACCAUGACAUUUUCGGCGAGGAGAACCGACUCAGCCCGCCGUGCCGGAAGCGCGCGACGUCACCCUCGCUGUCGAUCUUCGCCGCACCGCCGUCCGCCGAGUCGGCAACAGCGGAGGGUGGCCACAACAGCAAUGGAAGCAGCAGCCACAGCCACAGCCAGAGCAGCAGCAACAGCAGUCUGCACCUGGCGGGAGCGAGCAGUGGUAGCCGGUCGGCGGCGGCGGCGGCGGCGGAGCAGCACCACCCUCACCACAGCCUCGGUGCAGCGGCCUACCUCGUGAACACAGCCCUCUGUCUCCGCGGCAGUGGCCCGUCCGCCAAAGAGUCCUCCUCCUCGUCGUCGUCGUCGCAGCGGCUGUACCAAAAGCUGCCGCCCGUCGAAGACGACGAACCUCUACAGCAGGAGUCGAAGGAGAUGCAGCGAACAGCCGCGACGCCAUCGUCGUCGUCGUUUAUCAGCUACGGUGGCCCACCCGUGGUCAACCUGGACGCGGGAGGAGGUGGCGGAGGGCGCGGAGGUGCCCGGCGGCAGCCACCCAUCGCUCCACCGUUGCCGCCCCCACCGCGCAACAACACCGCCUUCCUGAAGCAGAUGGAACCGACGACAACGACGUCAGUGGUAGCGCCCAACAACAACAAGGAGGCGAAGGGGGGAGUCCGGCGCGGUGCGACCACCAUUGUGAGCCCGUGCCGGCCACCGUACGUGGUCGGGGUGCGCGGGCACGUGCUGACGAACGCGGAGCGGAAGGUUUACCCACCGACGCCACCGCCGCCGACGCCGCCGACGACCCCAAAGUCGCCGCCACCUCCGGUGUGCGCCGCCGAAGAGGAGGGGGAGAAGGUGGAGGAGCCAGUGACGGCGGAGGUGGUGGUCGACGACGAGAAGCAGCAGCCGGAAGAAGCGGCUCCGAAAGAUAAAGCAGCGGCGGCGACAUCUCCGUUGCACGACAAAGAGAAGGCAGGGGAAGAGCACGACGAGCGGGAGAAGAAGAAGGCCGAGGAGGUGGAGGAACGGGAGAAGGAGGAGAUGGUGACACGCAGCCCGCCGCGGCUUUCCCGCAAGGACGCGACGAAGAAGGCGAAGGAGGAGUGCGAAGUGAUAAUCCGCGACGAGCCGGGGCUGCCGGGAAGCGGAGAGGUGCGGCUUCCGUCUCCGAAGGGGCCACCGGCCAAGGCGCGUGUCCCCUCACCGCCCGGGCCCGUGUCACUCGGGGCCGUGGUGCGCUGCUCGGUCAUCCAACGAACGCCGGCGGUUGCCCGGAAGCCUCCGACCGAGCCCACCUACCCCAGCAGCAACAACAGCAACAGCGUGGUGGCUGAACCACCAUCACCACAACACAUCGACGCGAACCCGCGUGCCGUGGAUCUCAAGGUGCGGCCGCCGGUGGUGGUGGUGGUGGAGCCGGAGCAGGAGCAACCGAUCGACUACCACAUCCCGAAGCGCUCCACCGAGGGCGGCGGUGAGGAGGAGCGGGGAGCCGCACCGGGUAGACGGGAGCGGGAGGCACGCCAGGCGGCCGUCCUGCACCACCACCACCCGCACCAUGGCCCGCAGCACCAUCGGCAGCCGUUCCGGGCGCGGGCGGCGGCGGCGGCGGCCGUCAUCAGCGGCAUCAUGCAGGGUGCGGCCGGACACGGUCGCUCCUCGAACAACGGGGGCGGUGGCGGAGGAGGAGGAGCAGGAGGUGGACAGUCGGGCGGCGGCGGCAAUGGGGGCGGAGGAGGAGGCGCCGGCGGUGGUGGAGGCAUCAACUUUUCCUCCGGCGGUGGAGGCGGCGGCGGAGCGGGUGGUGGUGCGCUCGGAGGAGGUGCGGGUGGCGGUAUGGGAGGGCGCGACGGGCGCUCCAACUAUGGGCCGAACAGCCCACCGACCGGCUCCCUCCCGCCGUUCUACGAGAGCCUGAAGGGGGGCGGGGCGAGCGGAGGUCUGAACGGGUACAACGCGAACGGAGGUGGCGGCCCGGGCGGGGGUGGCGGAGGCGGCUUCCUGAGCAACUCGGCCGCCAGCUAUCAGCAGCUGCUCAACUCGCUGGACAUCGAGAGCGGGCAGGAUCCCCUGGCGGGGGGCGGUGGAGGCGGAGGCAGCGUCAUCCUCGGCAUGGGAGCAGGCUUCCCGUACGGCAGCGCUACCGAUGGUAGCGUGGUCGGUGGAGGGGGUGGAGGCGGCGGGGGUGUGCACGGAGUGGCGACGGCGGCGGCGAUGAGCAAGCACUGCACGCUGAUGCUGCACAACUUCGGGCUGGCGCUGAAGGACGAGGUGGACCUCGGCUACGACACGAAGGUCGACCCGACGCUGCACGGCCUGUACGUCACGGCGGCGGCGGCGGCCGCAGCUAACGGUGGUGGUGCUGGCGGCGAGGGCGGCGGAGCAGGAGGUGGCAAUGGUGGAGCGGGAGGCGGCUAUGAUGUGGCCGACUCGAUGAUCGACAUGGGCGACUCGAUGCAGCUGACGGCGACGCUCACGACGUACCCGUCGUCGGCCGGGGGAAGCCCGGGCGGGCUUCUGGAGGGAUGCCUGAGCGACGCCGAGUUCUCGCUGUACUCGCGCGGCAUGCACGACGAGCAGUCGAGCAACUGCAACGACCUCGAGCUCACGUCGACGCCCUCGCUGACACCGGACUCGGUCAGCACCUCCCUGCACCAGAUGGACAACGUCCACGAUCCGCUUGCCGACGCCUACCCGACGUCCGCAUCUGCCGAACAACAACAGCAGCAGUCUGGCGGCGGCUCUCACCCACACCUCGGUGGGUUGGCGCGCGAAUACACCACGAUGGCGGCGGCGGCCUCUUUCGGCGAACAUAACCUCAACAACAACAACAAUAACAAUAACAACAACAACAACGGGCACCACCACCAGCAGCAUCUGCACGCGAUGGUAGCGAGCAAGUAUCACCAGCAGCAGGAUGCGAAUCAGCCGCCCGCCUACCUGCAGUCGGCGGCCGGCGGCUCGUACGGCUCGUUCCAGCCGCUGCUGCGCUACGAUCAGCUCGAUGCGCACAGCAACCUCUCGCUGCCGUCGCCGAGCGGCGGCUCGUCGCUCGACUUCGACCUGCAGCAGAGCCUGCAGCCGCUGCAGGGCCCGUUCGCCAUGAACCUGCAGCUCGGAGCCGCCCACCAUCUACACCAGCAGCAGCUGCACCAGCACCGUCAGGGUGGCGGCGGCGGUGGCAGUGUCCGAUCGCCCGGUGGCAACUCCACCUCCUCGUCGGCGUCCGCGUCGUCGGUGACGGUGGCCAACCUCAGCGCACACAACGUCCCGGUGGCCGGACCGCCGCCCGCCGUGCUCGCUAGCACCAUUCAAAACCAGUUGGGCCUUCCUGCCGACUCGGAGCUACAGUUCGUGAACGGCGGCCACGGCAUCAAGAACCCGCUGGCCAUCGAGAACGUGCCGCUGCGAAUGCGCUCGGAGGAUCGCCACGGCGGUGGAAAGCAGCUGUCGACCGGCAGCAAGUCGCGCAACCACCAGCACCAGCAACAGCAGCUGCAACAGCAGCAACAACAACAGCAGCAGCAGCAGCAGCAACAGCAACAGCAGCAGCAGCACCACCAUCAGCAUCAACACCAGCAGAUUCUACAGCAGCAGCACCUCGAGAACGUAUCGGCAUCGUCUUCGUCCUCGUCGUCGUCGUCGUCCUCGUCGUCCUCCUCGUCGUCGUCGUCCGGCUCGUCCCCGAACGGCUGCGGAUCGCCGUCGGCGGCGAACGGGGGUGGGGCGAACGGGGCCGGCUCGGGGCUCUGCACCACCGACGACGACCAGAACCGCUUCGUCUGCCGCAUCUGCUCGAAGACGUUCAGCCUGCAGCGGCUGCUGAACCGCCACAUGAAGUGUCACUCGGACGUGAAGCGCUACCUGUGCACCUUCUGCGCCAAGGGCUUCAACGACACGUUCGACCUGAAGCGGCACACGCGCACGCACACCGGCGUCCGCCCGUACAAGUGCAACCUGUGUGAGAAGUCCUUCACCCAGCGCUGCUCGCUCGAGUCGCACUGCCUCAAGGUGCACGGCGUCCAGCACCAGUACGCGUACAAGGAGCGUCGCACGAAGAUGUACGUGUGCGAGGAGUGCGGACACACGACGAACGAGCCGGAGGUACACUAUAUGCACCUGAAGGAUAAGCACCCGUACUCGCCGGCGCUGCUCAAGUUCUACGACAAGCGUCACUUCAAGUUCAACAACGCGGCGUUCGCGAACAACCUGCUCGGCUCGCUGCCGAUGCCGGUGCACAACUGA